AUGCGAUACGUCGGCCCGUGCACACUGCUCGCCCUGCUCCUGUUGCGCCUGUGCACCUGCCACCCCGGCGCCCACCGCAACGUCCGCGUGCGCCCGUCGCCCAGCGACCACCUGCCCAUCCCGGACCUCAAAGAGGACCCUAAUCCGGAGUACGACCCGCGAGAGCAGGACCUCUCCGAGGUCCCUCUGCGCAAGAAGUUAGGCAGCAGCUUCGACGCCGACUUCAUGUCCGUGAGCGUUCCCGGGCAGCUCAACGCCACUGCAUUCCCAGCGUCCCCCCAGGCCCCGAGCGGCGCCAUGCCGGCCGAGAUCAAGCGGCUGGACCUGGCGCAGACUCCCUACGGGCUGCGCGUCAAGGUGGGCAAGAAGGCGCGGCGGAAGUUCCUGCAGUUCUUGUGGACGCACACGCACUGCCCGGUGCUCUACACGUGGAAGGACCUGGGCGUGCGCUUCUGGCCACGCUAUGUCAAGGAGGGGCACUGCUUCACCCAGCGCUCCUGCUCGCUCCCCGAGGGCAUGUUCUGCAAACCGGUCAACUCCGUCACCAAGACGUUCCUGCGCUGGUACUGCCAGGGCUUCCUGCCGCAGAAGUACUGCACAUGGAUCCCCGUGCACUACCCCAUCAUCUCCGAGUGCAAGUGCUCCUGCUGA